GAGCGAUUCACCUCAGUACCUCUUGCUCGCUCACAGCCAUCCUCUCGACACUCAUCAAGAGCAAAGCACGGCGGCUCAUGGCCGAAUCUCUCGUCGAGCUUCCCGAUGUAGCGCGCCUCUCCCCGCGAGUGGUGCGCCUCCUCGGCCAAAAUCCGGGCAAGUUCACGCUCCAGGGGACCAACACCUACCUCAUCUCCCCUCUCGAAUCAUCGUCAUCGCAGCCAAUUCCGACUAUCCUCGUUGAUACGGCAGAAGGAGAUGAAGACUACCUGAAGCUCUUCGAAGACACCCUGGCUAAGCCGCCUAAGCGUCACAUCUCCCAUGUCCUCCUCACUCAUUGGCACCAUGAUCACGUGGCUGGAUUGGCGCCCGUGCUAGAGACGCUCGCAAAAGCGCAACCGUCCUUACCGCCGCCGUUGGUCUGCAAACUUCCGAAUAGUGAACAAGACGGCGACAUCGAGUCAUCUAUUUCUCACCUCUCCGCUGGAACCCAUUUCACGGCCCCCGCGUCUUCCUCUUCGUCACGCAUCCUCACCCACCUGCGACACUCUCAAUCGCUUGCGAUAGGCGACGAUACCUCGCUACAAUGUCUACACACCCCAGGACAUACCACGGAUCAUCUUUCUCUUCUUCUCUCCUCGAGUCAACAUGACCCCGUCUUCUUCAGCGGCGACAAUGUUCUCGGGCAGGGCACGUCCGUCUUCGAGGACCUGGCCGCAUACAUUUCCAGCCUCAAUAGAACACUCGACGUUCUCCCGGCUUCAGGACCAGCACGAAUUUUUCCUGCUCACGGACCGGUCAUCGAGGAUGGGCGCAAGGCUGUUGAAGGCUACAUCGAGCAUCGCUUGCAGAGGGAGAAGCAGGUGGUUGAACUGAUGAAAGAGAGCAGCCCGACAGGACAAAAGGAGGAUGGAAGCGGCAUGCCAAGAUGGGGCGUGAUGCAGCUGGUCGAAAAGCUAUACGCUUCAUACCCUCAAUCCCUCUACCCAGCCGCAGCUCGCGGCCUCUUCCUCCAUCUGCAUAAGCUGGGCACAGAGCAGCGCGUGCUGUGCCAUGGAGAGCAUGCUGGGCCUGACGGUGCUCCACCGCCCGUAGCCCCGCUCAAGACCGAGUAUAUGGAACUCGAAUGGUCGUUGACCGAGCACGAGGCCGAGGCGGGUGCGAGAGCAAGCCCAAACGGGGGCAGGCUGUGA